AUGGAUGAAGAUGAGAAGGACAGGGCAAAGAGGGCAUCACGCAACAAAUCUGAAAAGAAAAGGCGAGACCAGUUCAAUGUCCUCAUCAAAGAGCUCUGCACGAUGCUGCAGGGUCAUGGCCACCCUCUCAAGAUGGACAAGUCCACAAUAUUGCAGAGGACCAUUGACUUCUUACAGAAACAGAAAGAAAUCACGGCACAGACCGAGGCCGGUGAGAUUAGACAAGACUGGAAGCCUUCGUUUCUUAGCAAUGAGGAGUUCACCCAGUUGAUGUUAGAGGCAUUAGAUGGAUUUCUCAUUGCACUUACCACUGACGGGAUUAUUAUUUAUGUAUCUGAUAGUGUCUCCUCUCUUCUUGGACAUUUACCGUCAGAUUUGGUGGACCAAAAUAUAUUAAACUUUCUGCCUGAGCGGGAACAGAGUGACGUAUACAAGCUCCUUUCUCCACGUGUGCUCAUGACAGAUCCUGUUGCAGCUGAUUUUCUGAACACUGAAAAGCAAAUAGAGUUUUGCUGCCAUUUAGCAAGAGGAAGCUUAGAUCCAAAUGAGCCCCUAACAUAUGAAUAUGUGAAAUUUGUAGUGGAUUUUAAAUAUUUUACUCAUGUGCCUACACCCUCCUGCAAUGGCUUUGAAUCAGCUAUUGCAAGAGCAUUCAGGUCAGCCACAGAAGAGCAGAUUUGCCUUGUCGCAACUGUUCGUCUUGUUACGCCGCAGUUUUUAAAGGAGCUGUGCAACAUUGAAGAGCCAUGUGAAGAAUUCACAUCGAGACACAGUUUGGAGUGGAAGUUUUUAUUCUUGGACCACAGGGCCCCGCCUAUUAUAGGUUAUUUACCCUUUGAGGUUCUUGGAACGUCAGGUUAUGAUUAUUACCACGCUGAUGACCUGGAGCUUCUCGCUAGGUGCCAUGAACACUUGAUGCAAUUUGGAAAAGGAAAGUCCUGUUACUACAGAUUCUUGACCAAAGGCCAGCAAUGGAUAUGGUUGCAAACGCACUAUUACAUCACGUACCACCAGUGGAACUCCAAACCUGAGUUCAUUGUUUGUACACACCUUGUAGUUAGUUAUGCAGAGGUUCGAGCUGAAAGAAGGAGAGAUCUUGGCCUUGAGGAGUCAUCAAUCGAACUGGCCUCUUCUUCUUUGAAGAGUCACAAUAGUUACCUAGACAUCAGGCAAUGUGGAAACAACCAAGAAACCAGCAGGGACAGAGUGUCUGUAUCCUCGCCUAGCUCCCGGCGAUCUUCACACACCGCACUCUCCGACUCAGCAUCCACAUCAUCCAUGCGGCACACAGAGGCCAGCACUCCCACCAGGCAAUCAGUGCCGAUGGGUCAGCAGGAGAAGGCGUCUCUGAGGCUGGCCUCGAGCGGGAGCGCACAGGCAAUAGUAACUCCUCAGGCAUCCGCUGAACAUCUCACUCAGCACCAUGUGGCCCAGCCAACAAUUCCCUCGCAGCAAGCUGUGAUGCCAGUGUACCACUUCCCAGCCCAGUUAGGGAUGAUGCAUCAACUAAAGGAACAGCUGGAGGAGAGGACGCGCAUACUGCAAGCUGACAUCAAGACACAGCAAGAAGAGCUCCAUGUUAUCAAAGAGCAGCUCCAACUAGUGCAAGAUUCCAAUCUGCAGAUGUUGAUGCAACAACCUAUGCCCUUAGUCUUUAACAACGUACAACAACAGAGCACAAGAAGGCCAUCCCAACCACAGCAGCCUGGGGCAACCAGGCAGACCACAGCCAAGAAGUCUCAGCAGCAAGGCCUUAUGGGAUCCAAACACUAUAGUGCCCCACACUUACCGUCACCACAUCAAUUCCUCAGGGAACCUUGUGUCACUUCCUCACAGGUACAGCAGCAGCAGCAGCACUUAAUGAGAGGCAGCCAGGCACAGCAAACCUGUCUGCCAGCGCAGACAAGCAUUUCGAUGCCCCUCUACAACAGCCCCAUGGUGUUUUCCCAAACUCAUCCCAUCACUGUCUCUGCUCAGAUGCCGACGGAAAUGAGUGAAAGGCAACAACCGUCUGACUACAGCCAAGAUAGGAGUCUAAGAAUGUUGUUAGAUCAGCCGGUCCAAGCCUUGAUGCCCAGUGCUAAUGGCAGUAAUCAGUCAUCACAAAACAGUGCUGGCAGACAGCAAGCAAAUUUUGUUCCAGAACAGCAGAUGCUGCCUCCCCCAUUACAGAUGCAGCCAAUUACAUGUAGCACAGUCAGGGCUCCUGCCCCUUCUCCUGUAUUUACCCCUUCGGUCAUGAUUCCACAGGCCAACUUCACUUCCCACCAGACGCAACCUCCAGUUCAUCUCCACCAAUGGCCACCCGAACAACAGGUUCAACAGCAGCAUCUCUACCUGCAGGUGUUCAAGACUGGUGGAGGUUGGUGGAACAUUUACUGCAGAUAUUGUACUGCUGCUGUGGAUCUAAACCUCUCACACACCGCUUACGAAGGAGAAAAGGGAAGUCGACUCCAAGGAAGAGAAAUGACGGAGUUUCCUAAAGGAAAUGUUCUGUAUGGAUCCCCAGCAAUUUGGACUCGCCUCUUUUUGCAUGGGACUUCAGAAAGGGAGAAGUGA